AUGUUUUUUUCUAGAUCAAAUGAUGAAUCAAUUGUUAAUGUAUCAAAUGAGAAUAUUGACAUAGUUAAGCCCAGUUUUUAUUCAACAUUUCAUGAUUUAACAGGAAAUUACUGGAAAUAUCGUGGUCAAUUUAUUAAAAUCCCUGGACAUUAUUAUUUAUUUUCCGAUGAUUUAGAUUCAUCAGUAAGUUUUGAAGAACAAGAAAUUCGUUUAAAUCGAAUUAAUAAAAUUCCAAAAUUUAUUUCAACUGAACGUGCAUUUUUUAAUUCUCAAACAAAUUCAAUACAAGAAACAUAUACAUAUGCUAGUGAUGGCUUGAAUUAUUAUAUUGAAUUACCAAAAACUCCAAGUGAAAAUUUAAGAUCAUCAUUAUUAUUUGUUCGUAAAAUGGUUCUUCGUAUUGGUAUUUUAUAUAAACAUGAAUCAACGAAGCAAAUGUAUUUCGGUAGUGGAUUUUUAUUAACUAAUCGACUUGUUCUAACAUGUGCACAUCAUUUUGAUCCGAUUCAAUGGGAAAACAAAAAUGUAUCAUAUAAUAAAAUAUAUGUAUGUUUUCUGGAUACAGCUUCUGAAACAUAUUUUUUCUCAAAUGAUUCAAACAAUUUUUUAAUUGAAGCUAAAAUAAUUUGUCGUGGUUUAAUUGAAGAUAAUAUGUCCGAUUACAAUGAAUUAAAAUCUAACACAACUGAUCUUGCUCUUCUUGAAUUAGAGAAAUCAGCACCACAUGUACAAUUAAAUGAAUAUUUUGAUCCAAAAUUAAAUUCAUCAUCUCAGUCAAAUGUUACAAUUAAUUCAGAAUUAUUUUUGAUUGGUUAUAAUGGUAAAUUGACUCAAAAUGAUGAUUUAAAACCAUAUAAGUAUUUAAAAGAUUUUGAAAAUUUAACAAUUGAUACAUUAAAUUAUUCUCAUCACGUAAAUAAUAAAUCAAUUUCAAUUGGUCGUUUUAUACAAGAUUUAUCUCUAGACAAUCAAUAUGCUAUGCAUGAUUGUAGUACAUUAUUAGGAUCAAGUGGUGCUCUAAUACUCGAUUCAACUGGUAAAUUUGUUGGUAUUCACAUAGGAGUUGCCAAUUCACGUAAAGAAAAAAAUAAUGAAUUUUUUUUUAACAAAGAAACAUUUAAUAAAUUUGUACCAGUUAAUUCAAAAGCAUUUCGUGAAUUUAUUCUUCAAUCAAUUAUACCAAAUAUCGGCAAUGAUGAAUUGGCAAAAAAAUGGUUAUUUAAUUCUAAAUAA